CUUGGUCAUUAACAGAAAAAAGCCACGGGUUCUUUCUACGAGAGUUGGUUAUUGGUUAUUGCAAUUACAUAAAUUUUCAGGCUUGUGUGCUCAAAAUAGGCUUAUGAACCUUCGUCAAGUAGAAGAGGACAGAUAGCACAAUAGGAGAGACAGCACCAAGUAGUACCGCGUUCUACGAGAGUUUCUGAAUAGCAUCAACGUUUUGAAAGCACAGAAAUUUUAAAUCGAGAUAAAAAAACAACAACAAUGGUGGUCUAGUGAUAAUGAAGUUACCAGUCGAAAAGUUUAUCAUUUAGCUAGGGAAUAACCACAUAAAAGCUUUUAACUUAAGAACUAGACCUGGUCUUAUAUUUUGCCAUGAUAAAAUCGGUAACAUCUGGAUUUUACUACUAAUCGAAACUUCAUUCAGAAAAGGUAAGCAGGUACUUUAUUUACGUCGUUCUAGGGCUGCACAAUGGGCUAUUAGCUUGCCUCAUCAAAAACUUAAAAUUCUGGUUGAACGAGAAAUAGCCAUUAUGAAAUUAAUAGAACACCCCCAUGUUUUAGCUUUAUAUGAUGUUUAUGAGAAUAAAAAAUAUUUGUAUUUAAUUUUAGAACAUGUGUCAGGCGGCGAACUAUUCGAUUAUUUAGUAAAAAAAGGUCGCCUGACACCUAAAGAAGCCAGAAAGUUCUUCCGACAAAUCAUUUCCGCCCUGGAUUUUUGCCACAGCCACUGCAUAUGUCACCGAGAUCUGAAACCAGAAAAUCUUCUAUUAGAUGAAAAGAAUAAUAUUCGAAUAGCGGAUUUCGGGAUGGCCUCUUUGCAAAUCGAAGGUGCCAUGCUGGAAACGUCGUGCGGAUCGCCUCAUUACGCCUGCCCAGAGGUUAUUAGGGGUGAGAAGUAUGAUGGCCGCAAGGCAGACGUAUGGAGUUGUGGUGUUAUUUUGUAUGCUUUACUCGUGGGUGCCUUACCUUUUGAUGACGAUAACCUCCGUCAGCUGCUAGAAAAAGUGAAACGCGGCGUCUUCCAUAUUCCUCAUUUUGUUCCACCCGAAUGUCAAGACCUCCUCAGAGCUAUGAUUCAGGUCUCUCCUAACAAGAGGAUAGAUUUAGCAGAUGUAACGAAACAUUCCUGGGUUACUGCAGGAAGUAAAACUGAAUUAGAACUAGAAUUACCAAUGAAAGAAGUUGUCCAGACGCAUGUGAUCCCGUCUUCAGACGAUAUUGAUCCUGACGUUCUAUCGAGUAUGACGUCACUAGGUUGUUUCAAAGACAAAGAAAAGUUGAUCGAAGAGCUCCUCAAAGCUGAUCACAAUACAGAAAAAGUGAUAUAUUUUCUUCUGCUGGAUCGGAAGAAAAGAAAACCCUCUUAUGAAGAUGAAACCGAAGUCAUUCUUAGAAGUCGAUCCGAGUCAGGUAAUGGAAAAUAUGCAGUUGAUCCGCCUCGGAAACGGGUUGAUACUGUAGUUGUGAAUGGUAAUACUGGACCCAGAUUUGAAUUCCAACUUAGUGAUGGUUCUCCUCUCCAACCCAGACGGUAUCCUUAUGGUCGAAAUCGGAGAGGCAGUGGUAACCUGCAUACUGGCAGUCCUUCCAUAUCGCCCAUGAAUUCUCCUAAACCUAAUCCGAGGUCGACUCCCGACGAAAGCCCCCUCAAUACACCCCCUGGUUCGCCUAGUAUCAAUCCUCCAUAUUGGAAGUCACGAUUAUCCACCAUCAAAAACAGUUUUCUAGGGAGUCCCAGGUUCCACAGGAGGAAAUUGCAAGCUGAUGAAGUUGGGUUGACCCCUGAAUCAUCGCCUGAGCUAACUAAAAGGUCAUGGUUUGGUAGUUUAAUGACUACGGAACGUGAUGAAACCUAUGUCAUUCUAGUCAAAGAUCGACCCCUCAAUACAGUCAAGGGAGAUCUAAUUCAUGCCUUUUUAUCAAUUUCUGACCUGAGUCACAGUGUGCUGACCCCCAUCACAUUCCGAGUGGAGUACCGGAGACCUGGAGGGACAAGCAUGUUCCAGAGAAAUGUUCGCUUCCAUGCUGAAAUCUCUCCGGCCACGGGUCCUCAAGACUUGACCCAAAGGAAUCCACAGUCCGUUUACUGUGUCAUCUUUACUCUCAUAUCUGGACCUUUUCGACGAUUUAAACGUAUCUGUGAGCAUAUCCAAACCCAGAUCUUGGGUCGGCGACCCAACGCCUCCCCCCGCAUCACUCGUCGCUCCACCAAUGAAAUGAGCGACAGUUCCUCAUGUGGCUCUGAGACUCUUUCACCCACCCCACCGGUCCUUAGGGUAUCAGACGACAUGUCGGUGGGGUCGAGACCCAACCAGGGGGCUCUGGCCCGUUGUAAAUCGGACCAAGACCAAUCGGACUUAUUCGAUUCUCCACCGCCCCCGCACAACAGGACUGUGCCCCGGCGGGGGAACACCUGCGAUGACAACAAAGCAGUGGUUAGUAAUGGCAACAGUCGGCGUUCCACGAACUAUGACGGGCUGACCAAAACUAAAGUGUGACACGUGCAACUAAAUAAGAUUUUGUUGA